CCAGUAGUUCCAAGAUGGCUGCUAAAAGAGGAUUCAGUGUUGGUAUACCACAGACUGAGCCAGCAGAAGCUGAUGAGUAUUCAUCAGACAGUGAGCCUGAGGAUGAGAGGACUGGUGAUCAGUACUCACCCAAACAACAAGACUCUAAUGUCACUACUAACACUCACUCCUUCACUUCUUAUUGUACUCCCAAUGGUCUCCCCAGUUCUAUUGAUUACUAUGGGUUUGAGUGUAGGGAUCCUUCAAAAGAGGACAUGAAGACUUAUGAAAGGUUUGACAGGUUGUACCAGUUAUCCUGCAUUCCUCUUGAACCACAAACUGAUAAAGACCUAACACUCACAGCAAAGAAGGUCCAAGAAGAGAAGUUCCUCUGGAAACCAACCUCUUCCUACAGUACGGACAACAGUUUUCUAAUAACUCCACCCACAGUACACAUCGGAAGAGAAUAAGAAGAUCUACAAUGACUAUUGUAAAGUAGCUAGAUAUGUUCCUCGUCCAUUUCAGAUGAUGACAUACAUGUAGCUAUAUACUCACAAUUUGACAGAUGAUUAUUUUAUUGUGUGUUAUAUAUGACUAUUUGAUUAUGUGUUUACCACUUUCUGUGGUCAGUGGUUUGUGUGUUUUAUCCCAUGAGUGUGCCAACGGUUUGAAUAAUAA